UCAGCCUCAGUUGUGUCUCGCACGCACACGCAGUUCUCUCUUCUCACUCCGCAGAAGAAGAGAGAGAAAUAUCUCCUUCCAAUACCUAGCGCCUCCAAUCCAACCCUUUCUCUCUAUCUAUCAAUCUUCUAUCCCUAUUUUCUCCAUCUAUCAAUCAAUCAAUCUCUUCUUCUUCUUCUUCUUCAGCAUCGAUCGUAGCUGCUGAAUCUGUUCUUGUUAUCUAUCUUUCAAUCCAUCAACCAAUCUCCUGAGUUAUGCAGCAAGGUGAUCAAACCGUUCUCAGCUUGAGGCCUGGCGGUGGUCGUGGAACCAGACUCCUCGCUCCCAGAUUCGAUUCCUCCUCUGCUUCCUCCGCUGAUCUCCCUCUCCUCCGCCCCCACGGCGCCGCGCUUCCCAACUUCUCCAUCAAGGCUGGAGAUUCGCGGUUUGAGGGCCGUGAGCGCAUUCGCUAUACCAGAGAUCAGCUUUUACAGCUUAGAGAGGCUGUUGAGACCCUUGAUGAUAUUUUAAAGAUCAAACAAGAUAUUGACGCUGAACUUCUUGGUGAAGACCAAACUUGGGGCCGCUCAGAAAACAAUCCCCCACAACAAGUUCAAAAUCGAUAUUCUGAACCAGAUAACCGUGACUGGCGUGGUCGGUCUGGGCAACUUCCUGCUAAUGCUGAUGAGAGGUCUUGGGAUAAUCUCAAGGAGAAUAGAGAAUUCGGUAAUGCUAGUCAGGUUAAUCGGCAAGACCAACAGAAUUCUCAGUAUGGAAGGGCGCAAAUCUCUUCUAACCAAGGGGGAGGACCUGCUACUCUAGUCAAGGCUGAGGUACCAUGGUCAGCUAGAAGGGGAAGUGUAUCUGAAAUGGAUCGUGUCUUGAAGACUGUAAAAGGAAUACUCAAUAAGUUGACUCCUGAGAAAUUUGAUCUUCUGAAGGGUCAGUUGAUCGAUUCUGGCAUUACAUCAGCUGACAUAUUGAAGGAAGUGAUUUUGCUCAUAUUUGAAAAGGCGGUGUUGGAGCCAACAUUUUGUCCCAUGUAUGCUCAGCUGUGUCAAGAUCUUAAUGAAAAGCUGCCUCCAUUCCCAUCUGAAGAGCCUGGUGGGAAAGAAAUAACUUUCAAGCGAUUACUCUUGAAUAUCUGCCAGGAGGCUUUUGAGGGUGCAGAAAAACUUAGGGAAGAAUUAAGGCAGAUGACAGCUCCUGAGCAGGAGAUGGAGCGUCGUGACAAGGAAAGACUUCUCAAGCUUCGUACGCUUGGAAACAUUCGUUUAAUUGGUGAGCUGUUGAAGCAAAAAAUGGUUCCUGAAAAGAUUGUCCAUCACAUUGUUCAGGAGUUAUUAGGAACCUCUGACAGCAAGGAGUGUCCAGCUGAGGAAAAUGUUGAAGCUAUAUGUCAGUUUUUCAACACUAUUGGUAAGCAGCUUGAUGAAAGCCCAAAAUCACGGCAUAUAAAUGAUGUGUACUUUAUCCGAUUGAAAGAUUUGGCCUCAAACCCCCAACUUGCACCACGGCUGAGGUUUAUGGUCCGUGAUGUUAUAGAUUUGCGAGCUAAUAAAUGGAUUCCGAGACGUGAAGAGAUUAAAGCCAAAACCAUUACUGAAAUUCAUUCAGAGGCAGAAAAAAAUCUCGGACUUCGUCCUGGUGCCACUGCAAGUAUGAGAAACCUCCGUGGCGUAGUUUCUGGUGCUCCUGGAAAUACCGGCCCUGGGGGCUUCCCCCGGCCUGGUACUGGAGGUUUAAUGCCUGGGAUGCCAGGGACAAGGAAGAUGCCUGGGAUGCCUGGAAUUGAUAAUGACAACUGGGAAGUGCCUAGGACUCGGUCGAUGUCAAGAGGAGAUGUGUCAGGCAUGCAAGUUGGAGGACGUGGUCAGGCUCCAUUCGUUUCAAAGUCAACAGCCCUAAACACUAAGCUACUACCUCAAGGUAGUGGUGGACUUAUAAGUGGGAGAAAUAGUGCCCUAGUGCAUGGAGGUGGUGCUCCUUCUGCUCGUCCAUCAAACAUUGGUUUAAGUGCUGAGCCUGCACCUGAAAUCCCUUCACCUGUUAAACCAAUUCCUGCCGUACCCUCUCCACAGGCUCCAGCUGCAAAAUUGAAUACUGCUGAUCUUCACCGCAAAACUGUUUCUCUUCUGGAGGAAUAUUUUAGUGUUCGGAUUUUGGAUGAGGCAUUACAAUGUGUGGAGGAACUUAAGGCUCCAGCUUAUCACCAUGAGGUUGUCAAGGAAGCCAUUGCCCUUGCACUAGAUAAAAGUCCGCCAUGCGUUGAACCGGUUGCCAAACUUCUGGAGCAUCUGUUUAAGAAGAAGAUUCUUUCAGCUAGCGACAUAGGGACUGGAUGUUUGUCGUUUGGUUCUACGCUAGAUGAUAUUGGCAUAGAUUUACCCAAAGCACCAAGUAAUUUUGGUGAGAUAAUAGGAAAACUAAUUUUGGCUGGGGGUUUGGAUUUCAAGGUGGUGAGUGAAAUCCUUAAGAAGGUUGAGGAUGACUGGUUCCAGAAAGCGUUUUUUGACUCUGCAUUGCAGGUAAUUACAUCUUCUGCAUCUGGGCAAGCUGUGCUGGAUUCCCAAGCAUCUGAUGUUGAAGCCUGCCGGAGUGUGCUCAAGUGAAUCAGAUCAGAUGAGUUUACAUGAGAAUACUGGUCCCUUACUGGAUGAACAUCUCUGCCUUGUUUCAAAUUCCAUUCCCUUUACGAGCUCACACUUGAGUAAGAGCAUUUUGUAUUACAGUAUGGUAUAAUGUGGAGCUUCCAGUGUCAGGUAAUUUCAUCUGAGUUGUAUAAUUUUUUUAUGUCAUAGAGGUGUUUAUUGAGGGAAAAUUUAAACCAUAAAGCUACGGUUUUUGUUCUCUAGUUGGCUAGACAUGUGUACGUUUCUCUAAGAGAGUGGCCCUAUCAAGGGGUUCAAAUGUUUUUGUAUUUCAUUAGUUUCUAUUUUUUUUCUUAAUUUUCUUGACAGAUUAAUUGUUAAACUGGUCAGGUCAUAAAUGUCAUGUUGGUUAUUUGCGCUA